CACCUCCUGUGAGUGAUCUCAUGGUGCACCUGUUUGAUUAUCUAUUAGACAAAACUGUACCCAAAAGUGGCAUAUCGCGAAAGAGCGAAUUGACAGAGGAGCGCGCAUCUUGUUACUGACAUCAGAGAGAGAGAGAGAGAGAGAGAGAGAGAAGGCAGACCGGUCCCUUCUUGCAGGCGACAGAUGCAGCCUCUCCCACCUCGCCAGUCUCUUGCAUCCAUUCCUACGCUGAACGCGUCACUGCCAGUAAAAGCGUUUGUUUGAUAUGUGGAGCAGGCAAAUCAGGGCAGAAGAAUGAAAAUGCUUCGGUUUCGUAGUCCAAGCCUCCGCUCUCUGGAUCAAGAGAUCCAGGUCACGAUUCGGUUACUGGAUGACUCGGAGAUCUCGUGCUGCAUCCAGAGAGAAACCAAGGGCCAGUUCCUGGUGGAUCAUGUGUGUAACCAUUACAGCCUCCUGGAGAAGGACUACUUUGGCAUCAGAUAUGUCGACCCAGAGAAACAGAGGCACUGGCUGGAGCCCAAUAAACCCAUAGUGAAGCAGAUGAAGUCUCAGCAGCCCUACACAAUGUGCUUCCGGGUCAAAUUCUACCCUCACGAGCCAAUGAAGAUCAAAGAGGAGCUCACCAGGUAUCUACUCUAUCUGCAGCUGAAGAGGGACGUCUACCACGGUCGUCUCUUGUGCCCCUUUGCUGACGCAGCCUACCUGGGGGCCUGUAUCGUACAGGCUGAACUAGGGGACUAUGACCAAGACGAACACCCGCCAGACUACAUCCAAGACUUCAAACUGUUCCCCAAGCAGUCGCUUAAACUGGAGAGGAAGAUCAUCGAUAUUCACAAGAAUGAGCUGAGGGGGCAGUGUUCUGCUCUGGCCGAGCUUCAUCUCCUCCAGAGGGCACACAACCUGGAGACAUACGGAGUGGACCCUCACCCCUGCAAGGACUUCACAGGAUCCACAGCCUUCCUGGGAUUUACUGCCACUGGGUUUGUGGUGUUCCAGGGAAACAAGAGAAUCCACCUGCUCAAAUGGGCUGAUGUCAACAAACUGAAGUUUGAGGGGAAAACAUUCUAUGUCAUUGGAAUUCAGAAAGAGAUCUCUCUCACGGGCAGGAUGCACUGUAACAUGAAGAAACUAGUGCUGACGUUCCACACCUCUACCCCAGCGGCGUGUAAACAUUUGUGGAAGUGUGGGGUGGAGAACCAAGCAUUUUACAAAUGUGCAAAGUCAAGCCAGAUCAAGACUGUGUCCAGCAGUAAUAUUUUCUUCAAGGGAAGCAGGUUUCGGUACAGUGGAAGAGUUGCAAAAGAAGUCAUCGAAGCCAGCUCCAAGAUCCAGAGAGAACCACCGGAGGUGCAUAGGUUACACUUUGGGCAGAGCAGAAGCUUCAACUCACUGAGCCACAAAAACCUGAUCAUAAACAUGGAGCCUCUUGUCCCAGCAAUGCCCUCCACCAAUGAGUAUGAAGAGACCUCGGCAGACAAUGGACUACUGGCUCUGAAGGACUCUGUUCACUUGUCCCCCCUGAAGCCAUCCACCACCCCCACGGAACGAGAGCUAGAGUGGCUGGAGGGCUCUGCUCUGGGGCAGCGCAAGGAGGAGGAGGCCCCUACCAGGGCUGGGGGGGAGGCAGAGGGGCAGGAAGAGGAUGAGGAGGAGGAGAAGGAAGAGGAGACUAGUGGAGUCCUGACCAUCUCUGAGUUGGUGUACAACCCCUGUGCCAGCAUGCUGCCCACGCCGGUGGAUGAUGGCCAGGGAGGGGUUGACCUGCUGUUCCAGAGCCCCAUCCAGAGCCCUGCUCGCCUGCUGAGAGAGCUACAUGCUGACCCUGACAUCCAGGCCCAGCUGGUGGCCGAGAGGGUGCGUGACCGUGCCUUCGAGCGUGCACGUGUGGUGGGGAGGAGCAUGCUAGGUAGCGGGCUUCGCCUCCUGACGAGGAAUGAGCGGGUGAACACGUGCGUGCUGAGCGCGGUCCGCCUCAUCGCCAUGGUGAUAGGGGUGCUGCUGGUUGCCGUACCGAUGCUGCUGCUGCUGCUGGAGUCGGACAUAGACGUGUCGUUUUUGCACGAGAUCAGGCAGACACCGGAGUUUGAGCAGUUCCAUUACGAGUACUACUGCCCGCUGCGUCGCUGGAUCCUCUGUAAGAUCAGCAUGGCCAUGGAGAGGCUGGGAUGGGACUGAAGAGGAGAGGAGACAUAGGAGUGGAAAGAGAAAUGGAGGAGUAGGAGGAGGAGGAAAGUUGAGGGAGGGUUGCUUUCACUCUGUACCAUGUUUCUGUCUGCUCGCUCCUGAUGCUGACAAGCUGAUGGGUAUUGGUUGUGAUUGGACAGUGAUUUUCUAGUAGGUACGAGACAAAUAUGUCUCUGGAGCUCAUUUGAUUGACUCUCCUCUUCAUAACAGAGUCAGUGAUUGAUCCCAGACACUGUCAGUAAUGGCGGAGUGGGCGGGACAGAGAGAGAACAUAGAUCUGAGAGCAACCCUGUAUCACUGGCAACAUAACAGCCACAGCCUAUAGAUAGAUACACUACAUGACCAAAAGUAUGUGGACACCUGCUUGUUGAACAUCUCAUUCCAAAAUCAUGGGCAUUAAUAUGGAGUUGGUCCCCCCUUUGCUGCUAUAACAGUCUCCACUCUUCUGGGAAGGCUUUCCACUAGAUGUUGGAAUAUUGCUGCGGGGACUUGUUUCCAUUCAGCCAAAAGCGCAUUAGUGUGGUUGGGAACUGAUGUUGGGCAAUUAGGCCUGGCUCACAGUCGACGUUCCAAUUCAUCCCAAAGGUGUUAGAUGGGGUUGAGGUCAGGGCUCUGUGCAGGCCAGUCAAGUUCUUCCAUACUGAUCUUGACAAACCAUUUCUAUAUGGACUUCGCUUCGUGCAUGGGGGCAUUGUUAUGGUGAAACAGGAAAGGGCCUUCCCAAAACUGUUACCACAAAGUUGGAAGCACAGAAUCAUCUAGAAUGUCAUUGUAUGCUGUAGCAUUAAGAUUUCCCUUCACUUGAUCUAAGGGGCCUAGUCCUAACCAUGAAAAACAUCUCCAGACCAUUAUUCCUCCUCCACCAAACUUUACAGUUAGCACUAUGCAUUCAGGCAGGUAGCGUUCUCCUGGGAUCCGCCAAACCCAGAUUCGUCCGUCAGACUGCCAGAUGGUGAAGAGUGAUUCAUCACUCCAGAGUCGAAUGGCGGCAAGCUUUACACCACUCCAGCCGACGCUUGGCAUUGUGCAUGGGGAUCUUAGGCGUGUCUGUGGAUGGAAACCCAUUUCAUGAAGCUCCCAACAAACAGUUCUUGUUCAGAGGCAGUUUGGAACUCGGUAGUGAGCACUCGGCGGUCCCGUUCUGUGAGCUUGUGUGGCCUACCACUUCGCGGCUGAGCCAUUGUUGCUCCUAGAUGUUUCCACUUCACAAUAGCAGCACUUACAGUUGACUGGGAAAGCUGUAGCAGGGCAGAAAUUUGAAGAAAUGACUUGUUGGAAAGGUGGCAUCUUAUGACAGUGCCACGUUGAAGGCCACUGAGCUCUUCAUUAAGGCCAUUCUACUGCCAAUGUGUGUCUAUGGAGAUUGCAUGGCUGUGUACUCGAUUGUAUACACCUGACAGCAACGGGUGUGGCUGAAAUAGCCCAAUCCACUAAUAUGAAGGGGUGUCCACAUACUUUUGUAUAUAUAGUGUAUAUAUGUAUAUUUACAAAAAAAAUGAAUAUUGAUCAUAAUAAAUCUUUAAAGUUCUUUUUAAUGUUUUGUAAAAAAAUAAAUGUGAUGCAAAGUAUUUCAGGAA